AUGACCACACCACUUGAGGAAAACUACAAGACAGCCGGAAAGGGGGAGCUUGAGGCAGCUCCAUUCGAAGAUGUCACUCGCUAUCGACGUCUAGUAGGUAAGCUUAUAUACCUAACUAUUACGAGACAUGAUAUUUGUUUUGCUGUGAACCAGGUGAGUCAACAUAUGCAAAACCCGACUAGACAUCACUGGAACAUGGUGAAUCGAAUCCUCAAGUACAUAAAAGGAUCACCGGGACAAGGCAUAUGGAUGGGAAGGAACAAAAGCACCGAAUUGAUAGGAUAUUGUGAUGUUGACUAUGCCGGAGACCGUGGGGAUCGUCGCUCAACCACUGGAUACUGCACGUUCUUAGGAGGGAACCUUGUCACGUGGAAAAGCAAGAAACAAAAGGUUGUCUCACUAUCGAGUGCGGAGUCCGAGUAUAGGGCCAUGAGGAAGCUGACCACCGAACUUAUGUGGUUUAAAGCCUUAUUAAAGGAUCUUGGAGUCGAAUCAUCAAAACCUAUCACUAUGCAUUGUGACAACGAGGCAGCCAUUCAUAUAGCCACCAACUCAGUCUUCCACGAGAUAACAAAACAUAUCGAAGUCAAUUGUCACAAGGUGCGAGAGCAGAUUCAACUCGGUGUCACUCUUCCAUGCCAUACCGACAGCAAAGAACAACUAGCUGACAUCCUUACAAAGGCUGCCAGUCCACAAGUGUGUGAGUAUAUUCAUCCUAAGCUCAGCCUUAAAGAUCUCACUAAGCCAUGA